UUUUUUUUGUCGAUGGCUAUUUCAGUGGUUUGCAGUUCAAUCAAAUCUUUGAUAAACGAAGCACAAGAAUUGGGUUACAUUGCAUCUGACAUCUUAAGACACAGAUACAGUCCUUUUGGAAAAAUUGUGGAAUCCUUGGGAACCCUCCCACGAACCAGCGCCUCCUUCUACAACCUAUAUCGAUUUAACAGCUUUUGGGAGAGACUGUUGGAAGGGAGUGCUUAUCCAUAUUGUAUAUCUUCUUUUUUUGUCUACUUUAAAUAUAGGAAUCCAGUCUUAUGAUGAAGCCUAAUAUUAAUAAACUGAUUUUGAUGUUACCAGUUGCAGUAAUGGAACUUAUUGUGAAGCUCAAUUUAGCAGAAAGCACAAAACAAGUUUUUCUAAAACAGCCUAAUAUCACUGUUUCAAACCAUAACCUCAACUCGGUUACUCUGUCCUGGCCUGCAGAAGAAAAUGAAGCCACAAGGAAUUUCACUGUUAAAUAUCAUAUUAAGUAUGAAUAUCUGAACCAACCAACGGAAAAACAAAAAAACAAAACGGAGAAAAUUAGUGAAAAUGAAGCAACUAUAAAACUUCACCUUCAUUCUGGAUUUGUAGCAAAGGUGCAAACAGCACUCUAUUAUAAAAAUACACUUGUGGCAGAAAGCAAUUGGACAGAAUUUAAUUAUACGGAUUUAAGUGCCUUCACCUCUAAUCAUGCAUGUGUUAUAUACAAUUUGACUAGCUUAAAUUGUUCGUGGGACAUAGAGAACAAUUCACCAGAAAAUGCCCAAUUUUUCAUUUCAUUAAGUCAAAGAUCAGAAUUAAUGAAAUGUCCUCAAUAUAUAUUAAAUCAGAAGAUGCAAAACAUUGGAUGCCAUAUGAAAGAUAUAUUUUUAAAGUCUCUCCAGAAGGGAGAAAUUGGGGAAAAAAUUAAGAUUCGAUUGAAUAAUCGUAAAACCAGGUUUAGAACUGCAAAUAUAGAAAUGUUGAAUCCUCCAACAAACAUUUCCCUUUCAACUUUAAAUGGAAACACUGAAAUCAGAUGGUAUCCACCACCUUCUCUAAUGAUAUCGAAUGAUACGAAUAAAACGUGUAUUAAAUACAAACUAAAACUGUUUGAAAUAAAGACGGAUCCUCUUGUAAGGAUUAUUGAUUGUGGCAAAGCUGAGUAUGUGUUUUCUGAUUUGGAUAAAGAAAGUAAAUAUGCCAUUCAAAUCCAAGCAAAAAAGUGUAACGAAGGAAAAUACUGGGGUGUAUGGAGUGAACCUGUAUACAUAGGUAAAGAAAAUGAAAGUUUUCCAAAAUGGUUGCUACUACUUAUCAUCAUCAUUGCACAACUAUCACUGGAGUAUUUUUACUAUACUUAUUUAAACGAUUUCUGGUAAAUUUCUUCACUACAGCUAUUCCAAACCCAUCAAUGGAACUCAAAUCAUUUUUGUCAUCAAAUGGAAUUUAUAUUCAGGUAAUC